AUGCAAUCUGGGCCCCCUGGGGCUCUACCGGGGUUCCCGGACGGAGGACUCCUGUGCACACCUUCUGGUGAACUGAACCCCAUCUUCGGCGCGUGCUGGGACAUUGUCCCAAAAGAGGGGUCUCGUGCUGGCCCCUCCGGCCCGCCCCAACCAGGGAAAGGGCCCCUGAGCCCCCCCCAGACGAAACCCCCCUGGGCUAAUCAGGAGGCACCAGCUGAACCAGCCGGAAAAACUGGUGCCUCAAAGGCAAACCCCAAAAACCGGGAAAGGGGGGACCGAAACGGCCCAGGCCCCGGGGUCCGACUCUGUGGGGAGUCUGGACCCCCAAGGCGUUUCCCGCAAUUCCCAAGGGCCCCGUUAAACCCGAAGGCUUCGGGGCAAAGCCUACCCAAAGGUCGUGGAGGCCCCCCGUUGUCGAAGGGGAAAAAUCCAAACCCGGCAAGUCCUGGUGACCAUGAAAAGGGACCCCCUCCACCCUUGAUCCCGGUAACUGGGGGAAACCCACAACCUACGCACUUAUGUUUCCUGAAACCCCUUCGGGGUUUCAAAUGCCAGAAGAGUUCCCCCAAUUUAAAACAAGUUAAGGAACCCCAGGGAAAAAAGGUUUUCCAAACAGCACCACACGGGCCCCCCCGACCCAAAGACUGUUCUUCGAGGGGGGACAUGUCGAUCCUGAUCACUUUCUGGGUCACGCAGUGGGAGUAUCCCGUCCAGGAACCCCGGGGGAAGAGGCGAAAGGCAGGAGUGAGGAUCUUUCCCCCCAAUGGAGUUGUCCCGACUCCGACCGUCAACCCGAAUGUGACGAUGUCUCUGAUCACACGACCGAUGGUCAUAGGGGGAGACUUUUCCUCACACCAAACCCCCUCCUGGGUCCCUGCAGGGGACCGGAUGCGGCUUGGGCCCUCACAUGCCAAAAGUGCCGGACAUUCCCCGGGAUUUGGGGUCUCCCAACAGCCGGAGCCAUGCAAAGUUAGAGGGGGGGUCCCCAACCCCACCCUGGCCACUGCGACCUUGGGGGAGAGGAUUGCUGGCGUUCGGGGGUGA